AUGGCCGGGGGUCCGAGGCGAGAGGGGCCCGGGCGCUUGGCGGGGAUUCCGAUCGGGAAGGGGAGUCGUCACGGAGGUCCCCGCAGCCCCGAGGAAGGUGUGGGUCUCGGCCGGCCCCUCGAGGCGGACGCGCAGGCACGCUGGACACCUCGGCGCUCGCCCACCUGCUGCCCCGAGCCGGCCAGGCCACUUACAGCGAGCCCCGGGCGCCCGUCGUGCUCUCCCGCGCGGUCCUCCCGGCGCGCUCCCGACGCGGAGAGCUGUGGCUCCGGCUCCGGGGUGCCAGGGCUCCGCGGGCGCCGGGUUGCAGGCGCCCGCCGGAUCUCAGCCCCCGCCGAGCCGCGGCGAGCAGGGCCUCGCGGGCCUCGCCUCCCCAGCUCCCGCCUCCGCCGCGGCAGCUGCUCUGGCCCGGGCGCGCUCCGGCUCCGGACUUUUCAUUCAUCCUUUCACGCUCCCUCCCCAGCCCAGCCUCCGAUUGGUUCCGCCAAGUCUGACGUCACCUCCUCGUCUCCCAGCCGGCCCCGCCCCUCCCCUGCCAGGGACCAGCCGGAGCGCGCAACUGGGGCGCCCCUCCCCCUAGAAGCGGGAACGCAUUCGUCCUUCUACCUGCUCCUGGGUCGGCUGCGUGUCUUUGUGGCCCAGCAAUACAGAGGUAGAGACCAGACCUACAAGAAAGGCACCAGGAACCCAGUCAAGGACAGGGCAGACCUCAAAAGUGACAGCCAGCCUGCCCAGGUCAGGCCCGGCCAGGCCAGAGGGGAACACGCCCUGCGCCCCUGGUCCGGUCGCGCUCUCCGGGCGCUGGCAGCUCGGUUCCCGCUUCCCAGCGAGUCUGGCCGGGGGCUGUGCACGGGCACGGGGGCAGGUGGGGCGCGGCUCCUUCUGGGGCACACGGCCACCGGGGGCACCCCCGAGGACGAGACCGCCGAAACGCUGUCUCCGGAUUCGCGGCGCCAAGCGGAGGCUCUCGAAGCCGGGACCCGUGGGGAGCGCGGGGGCCAGCGGCCGUGGCCACGCCACUCCCCGUGCGGCCCCGCGGGCUGUGAGCGCGAGGCGGGAAGGCCCGGCCUUGCCCAGAUUCCCCAGAUGGAGGGGCUCCUAGGCCUGGAGGCGCUUGGGCUCUGGGGCAUGGAGUGGCUGAUCCCUGUGGCGGCUGCCCAUCCCCCUCUCCCUGGCCCAGGCUCGGACCGGCUGCCCAGUGAGUGGAGCGGAGGGGUCCCCCGCAACCCCCGGGGGGCUGUGGGGCUGGGAGAGCUCUGCGCAAACAACCCCGGAGAGGACGCCCGGGCCCCCGGGUCCCUCGCCCGCGGCCCGCUCUGGGCCUGCACGGCGGGAGCGCGUGGGGCGCGGACCCGGGGCCCGGGCGUCCCAGCGGCCGGGCCGAGGCGCGCCUCGCGGUUCGUGGCCUCGUGCUGCCCCCUGGUGUCCGCAGACCCAAUACGCCUCCCGGGGGGCCGCGCCGGGGCACGUCGGCGGGAGCGCGCGGGGCCGGCCGCGGGGGUCGCCGCCUCCCCCGACCGCUCGCGCCUGGCCCUGGAGCGCAGCCCGCGUCCGCUGCAGUCCCUGGGGCUGCGGCUCGGCGGGCGCGCGCGGCGGGGCGGGCGUCCCCGUGCUGACCGUGACCGUCCCCCGCCCCGGGCCCAGGGUCGGCGGGGCCGCGGGAGCGAAAGGCCCGAGCGGGAGGCCAGACGCGGGUUCGACCCCGCGGCGCUCUGCCGGCGGGUUCGCGGCGGCCCCGAGGCGCCGGGAGCAGAGCCUCUCCCGGGGGGCGGGGGGGCGUCGGCUGCUCGCGGAUCGGGGGCAACGCCGGCGCGCGGGUCCCGGGGCUCCGGGCUCCCGUCCAGGGUCCGGUCCUCUGUAGAGGGCCGCCGGCCAGACGCCCCGGGAGUCGUACGGCCAGAGAGCCCCACGCGUGCCCGGAGGAGGGACGGGGACGGGCGGCGGCGCGUGCAGUCCCCAGCGGGUGCCCCGGGGCGUCUGCGGCGCGCGUGCUCCCCCUGGCGGUCACGGCGGGUACUGCCCUCCUCCGGCCGGGCAGGGCGGGAGGCGCGGGUGCUUGCUGACCUGACCGCGCUUGCCUCUCUGGAGAUUCAACCCCGCCGGCCCGUGCCGGCCUUCCGCACGCUCUCACCUUUCCCUUCCUGCCUGUGUCCUGCCGGCCUUGGACCCGGCCAACUCCGUCUACCCUUCCUCUGUCUCCGGCCUUCCGCUCCGUACGACCGGCGCCCUGCUGCUCGCUUUCUACAACGGUUUCUCCGCGGGUUCGCCCGGGGCGCCCUGCCGUCCCGAGACGGGCCCCGCUCGCCGGCGGACGGGCCCGUGGCCGCACCCUCUGCGCGCGUAGCCGGCCGGGCUCCUCCCCGCGGCGUCCGCUCCGGGCACCGCCGCCCAGCCGCACGGCGCAAGCGGGCUCCGCGGGGGCUCCGCGGCGGGGCAAGCGGACCCAGCCCCCAGGGCGCCCCCUCGGUGCCUGCCGCGCAGGGCGGGGGCGGUGCCGGGAUCACGCAUGCGCAGCCGCCGCUCCAGACCCCCCGCGAGACCCAGACCGCCGCGGCUCGCCCGCUCCGUCUUUUCCCCAUCUGGGGCUCAAGCAUUUGUGUACGCGUGCGUCUUGUCCGGGCUCCGAUUGGCUGGUGGCCCCGUCCGUCAUCGGAGUGGCCAACCGAGCGAGCUCCAAGGUUCAGUUCCCGCCCCACGGUGGGUCGCUGGGUGGAGCUUCGGGCCUUUGUCGGCCCCCGCGCUAGUGGGGACGAGCCCAAGGAUGCGCGCGCCCGCCCGCGGUCGGCCGCUAACGGUUGCUUUGGUGGCCGCGUGGUGGCGGGGAGGGGAGUGGGCGCGAGGCGGGCCGAGGUAAUGGCCAGCACGGGGCAGCCCGUCGGCCGUGUGUUGAGCGCCUGCCGUGCGCCGUCCCGAAACCCGCUCCGCCUUCGGGAGGCGCCUGCCCGGGUCUCUGCGGGGCACGUGGGGGCGACGGCGCGGCGACGGCGGGUGACCGCAGCUCGGCCCGUAGCGCUGUCCGCCGCGCCCCGCCGGUCCGGCCCGCACCUUCCAGCCCCUGGGCCCGAGGCGCGGCCGUGCGGGUGGGCUCGAUCGUUCGGGCAGAGCAGGCGGUGCGCCCCGCCCGGCAGAGCCGCCGUGGGGCUGGCGCGGGGCCGGCGUGUCCGCUUCAGCGCCGCUCGCUGUUCCCGACGCGUUUGCGCGGUCACGAGGCGGGGAGAGUCGCCCGGCCCUUGGCUCCAGGCAGGAGUCGGAGGAACGAGAGCUCCGGCCGCUGGCCUGGCCGCCGUGGCUGCGACAGUCCCCCACCCCCGCCUCCGGCCUCCCGAGAGCCGCGUCCGUGGGCCUUCGUCAUGGUCCUUGGAGUUCCCAUGUCCUGAGGUCGACUUCACGGGUGACCAGCACCAGGAAUGA